UAAAAUAAAUAGUAACAACAAUCAAAAUUUCAGAUGGAUCCCCGGGUUAUGGCUAUAAUACUAAUAAUAGCAUGGGCCCGCGAAACAGCCGGAAUAAUAGGCUACGAUUGCGGAUCACCGAUGGCAAAUAUAACAACAAUGUCCUUACUUAAUACAGAAGAAUGCGAUAUACCUCUUCAACGUGUGAACCAGACCAAAAAAUAUAUACAACUCUUACAGAUCAAUGAAUUUAAAACAGUAAAAGUUAUUCAAUGCAAAGUUGAGAUCGAUAGGAUAGUAAAAACAUGCGGAAUGUUCUCUCACACCGGUGACGUGCUUAAUGGCAAAUACUCAUACAUAGAAGAAACCUCCCGUGAAACUUGCAUGAAAAUGCAAUGGAUCGGAACCUAUCGUCACGGAAAUACUGUGAUAUCCGAUUUAAAGGCAAAUCAAUCAGUCUCACGACCAGUAACCUUGGCAGGGCACAUAGGUAACGCAGGAACGUGCCACGGGACUAGUUAUUCCGAUUCUUUUGGGAGUUGGACCAACGUGAUUGUGCUCGCAACUGUAAAAAUCACACUCCAAGAUUAUGAGGCCACGGUCCAACUCAACUCAAAUCGAAUAGUGCUCCGGUCCGGAGUGACCUGCGAUUUCAAGUCCACCCAAUGCGUAGAUCUAGAAGGAGGAAACACCUACUGGGACCCACUCCCCCCGAGUCAAUGUGCACUUUCUAAUUUCGGGUCACUUUAUGAUGGAUUCGCGGAUGUACUAGUAGAUGAUACCGGCAAAGAAUCACAGGUAGUUUACUCUUUAAAUUCUCAAGAAACGACCUUCGCACUGACAAUGAGAGGACAAUAUACACACUGUGGAUACACGCUCAUAAGAACCGAACACCCGAAAUUAUUGAUCUAUGAAACAACCUUCGGGAGUUCAAUAUUCGGUAAGGAAUAUCGCCCGCAAAACCUCGAUAUUUUUGCCUACAUAAACUCCAAGUUUUUGUAUGUGGAAAAACACGUACGCACUCAGGUAAACGAAUUAUAUAGAAAUGUCCUCCAACAGCAAUGCACCCUCGAACAAAAGGUACUAAAAAACGCAUUGGCUCUCGCCACUCACGCCCCAGACGCUUUCGCCUACCACAUAAUGCAGGAUAUAUGGCUUUGUUAGCCGGAAAAGUGAUACAUAUAGUGAAAUGCGUACCUGUCGAGGUGAAACUUGCUCACACUGGAAAAUGCUAUGAUCAGCUACCAGUACUACGAAAUAAUGAGAGUCUAUUUUUAACCCCACAAACUCAUAUUUUAUUGCGUCAAGGGACGGAGGUUACUUGUAACUCACUCGCACCCGCCAUGUAUCUUCUCGGAGACUCAUGGUAUAAAUUCACACCCAAACCAGUCGAGACGCUACCUCCGAUAAUUAUGAAGCCCAUGACUAAACCAACAUGGAAAUAUAUUAGUCCCGGCUCGCUUGCCACAAGCGGAAUAUAUACAGAAAACGAACUCGAAACGCUUAGGGAUCAUAUAAUGUUUCCUGCCGAACGACCAGCUCUGCUUAACACGGUAGCCCGAGGAAUGAUGGGGCAAUCGGGGUCCAUAAAUGGAGGAUCUAUCUCUAACCUUUUGGACGAAGCCUCCAUAGAGAAAAUAGCUACAUCUGCAUGGGAAAAAUUCUGGAAUCGAUUUCUAAUCUUUGGGAAUGUCAGCGCGGGGAUAAUCGGAAUAUACAUGUCAGUAAGAGUUGUAAAACUAAUAAUAGAUACUUUUGUGCACGGAUAUGCCCUGCACACCGUGUACGGGUGGUCACUAUAUUUAGUAGGAGCAAUAUGGGACUCAAUCACCCAACUCUUGUUACACCUAGGAAAAGACCGUUGUAAAUUAAGGAAUCCAUCUCCCUCAGCACCUGACGAGUCAGGAUCGCAAGCAAUAAGAUUCUCAGAACUACAAGAGGAUCCUAGACGGGAACAGCACAAUUAUCCCCUGCUCCCGCCUAAAGAAAAUUCAACGUAUACUCUCGAGUUGAAAAACUAAA